GAUAACAGUAGUAACGGUAAUAUGAAUAAUAGUAAUAUGGUAAUGGGAAUAACAGUAAUCAGAGUGCUGGAACAUUUCAUGUUUUGCUUCCUCCCCCGUCUCCUGUCGCCCGUAAUUAGGGCAGAGCCGGUCAGCAAAGUUCCCGAACUGACGAGCCCAGCGCAGCACAGGACUUUGACACCGCCUGCGACUGGCUGCGUGUCCCUGCUCCCAGAGCUCCUUUGUGCCGCUCAGCCAGGUGUGCGGCCGCACGGCCUGGGCAGCGGCCGCGCACUGACGUGACAGCCAGGCCCAGCGCCCCGCCGGGUGGGCGCCGAGCCGCGCCGGGGCUCGGCUCUGAGCAAGACACGUCGUCAUCCGAGCCGGGCCGCCCUCGCGCCCCAGGCAUCCGCGCUGCUUGGCAGGGCAGAAGGGAAGCGAGCAGGAAAGUUUAAAAAUAGAAGUGCUGAAUCAUGACUCCGAGAGCCGGGGGGGGGCGGGGGGGCGGUUAAGUUCAUUCAGGCAGCAAAGAAAGAAACGCAGCCCGGCUCCUUCCUCGGGCCGGGAGGCUGUAAUGGCUCUCGGGAGCGGGCGGGAGGCCGUCAUCCGCGCGCUCCGGCGCACCUCAACCUUGACAGCCUGUGCGGGGAGAGGGAGCGCGCGUGUGCGUGUGCCCGCGUGUGUGUGUGUGUGUGUGUGUCUGUGUGUGUGCGCGCGGCGGGGAGCGGCAGAAGCAGCACUUGUCCUGUAAUCGAUUGCCGAGCGCGCGGAGCGGCGCUGCCAGCGCACACAGGCGCACACACACAUACACACACACACAGGCGCGCACGCACUCCCCGCGCCGCCUCUCCCGGCUCGGGGUGUCUGGGAGCGCGGCAGCCUGGGCGAGAUGUGUGAUGUGUGCGCGCCCGCCCGCCGGAUCGGUUUCUCGGGGUUUGACCAGCUGUCCCAGGCUAGCCCUGCUCUCUGAAGAUGGAGGAAGUAAAAACAGGAUUACCCUUAGCUACAGAUCCACUGCCUUAGUUUCCAUAACCAACUGCAGUGCACAAACACACAGUCCUUGGGCAAGAGAGAGAGAGGCAGAGGCGACCCCAAUAAAAACACAAACAAAAGGGUGAUGGAAGUGAUUCACUGCAUGCACUGCUGAGCACUGCACUUUGACUAUGGAAGCAGAGGCUACUGAUGGAUAUAUAACAUGUGACAAUGAGCUUUCCCCUGAAAGGGAGCACUCCCACAUGGCUAUUGACCUCACCUCAAGCACACCCAAUGGGCAGCAUACCUCACCAAGUCACAUGACAAGCACAAAUUCAGUAAAGCUAGAAAUGCAAAGUGAUGAGGAAUCUGACAGGAAACCCCUGAACCGGGAAGAUGAGCUCAGGGGUCAUGAUGAAGGAAGCAGCCUGGAAGAACCCCUCACUGAGAACAACGAGAUGCUUGAUAACAGAAAGAUCCAGGAUCUGUCAAGCGAGGGAGGAAUCCGUCUUCCGAAUGGUAAACUGAAAUGUGACGUCUGUGGCAUGGUUUGCAUUGGGCCCAAUGUGCUAAUGGUACAUAAAAGGAGCCACACUGGUGAACGCCCCUUCCACUGUAACCAGUGUGGAGCUUCUUUUACACAGAAGGGGAACCUGCUGAGGCAUAUCAAGUUACACUCUGGGGAGAAACCUUUCAAAUGUCCCUUCUGCAGCUAUGCCUGCCGCAGAAGGGAUGCCCUCACAGGACACCUCAGGACACACUCUGGUGAGUCUUCAUUGUCCCCUCUCCUUCAUUGUUUCUUUCUUUGUCACUGUUAA